UUUGCUCAAGGCAAAAGGCUUCAGAACAUGGAGUGCUUUUCCUUUCCAAAAAUGCUUGCGAGUUUGAUUAAACUUCUAAUGUAAAAUAGCUGGCAGGAGAGAACACCUUAUAAGUUUGCUGAUUGCUUGCAAUUCCAAUUUCAGGGCAAUGUCUCUCACAAACUGAAUUGACUGUUGCAAUCUCAUUAAGCUGUUUGUAUAUAGAACAAAGUUUGAGUCCAGUGGCACCUUUAAGACCAACAAAGUUUUAUUCAAAGUGUGAAGAUGGGUGCCCUGGCUGUGCUUAUUCUCCCAUUACUUGUAGUUGGAGUCAGUGGGAUAAUAUAUAUUUAUCGGUCAGUUGUUCAGCUGAUGUCAAAAUCUGCUGUGCGGAGUAAAGUUGUAGUGAUCACAGAUGCUCUUUCCGGCGUGGGCAAGGAAUGCUCACGAGUAUUUCACACAGGUGGAGCUAGACUAGUUCUGUGUGGUAAAGAUAUGGACAAGUUAGAAGCUCUCUAUGAUGCUCUAAACAGUGUGGCUGAUCCUCGUGCAACGUUUACACCAAAGCUUGUCCUUCUAGAUCUCUCCGAUGUAAACUGUGUCCAAGAUGUAGCUAAAGAAAUCCUUGACUGCUAUGGAUGUAUUGAUGUACUAAUUAACAAUGCUAGUGCAAAGGUGAAGGGAGCAGUGCAGAAUAUCUCCCUGGAAGUUGAUCAAAAGAUUAUGGAUGCCAACUAUUUUGGACCUAUAACACUCACCAAAGCUCUUCUUCCCAACAUGAUCUCCAGGAGAACUGGUCAAAUUGUGUUAGUCAAUAAUAUCCAGGGGAAAUUGGGAGUCCCUUUUCGUGCAGCCUACGCUGCUUCAAAGCAUGCUGCACUGGGAUUCUUUGACUGCUUGAGAGCUGAGUUGCAAGAAUUUGGUGUGUGUGUCAGUGCCGUGACUCCAAGUUUCAUACGCUCAUACCACGUUCAACCACAGCCGAGCAAAUCAGAUUCUUCUAUAUGGAAAUUCUUUUCCAGAAAACUGGCAUAUGGUGUCCACCCAGAGGAGGUAGCAGAAGAAAUUUUACGAACAGUGAGCAGGAAGAAACAGGAAGUGUUCAUGGCAAAUCCUAUUGCAAAGGCUGCAGUUUACAUUCGCACAUUCUUCCCAGAUAUUUUUUUUGCUGUUGUUGCUGCUGGAGUUAAAGAAAAGCAGAAGACAGAAGAUGAAAAAUGAUUGUGCCUGACUCUCCUUCUCUGGCAGUAGGAUUGCCAGAGCCCCAUAUUUUAUGGGCUCACUAUUUCAAAGCUAGAACUCCAUAUAAUUCUGGAUGAAUUGAUAAAAUGUUCCAUGUUUGAACACUUUGAGGCAGUGGAGUUAGGAACUAUAGGUUCGAUCUGCAUUGGUAUUUCCCACUAUUGUGCCAAUGAUCUCACAUUGUCUCACAAAUUUCUGUCUGCA